AUGGACCCUCCGGCGAUGGACCCCGAAAUCUCUACCGCCAAAUCUCGGAUCGCCAUCCUCGGAGCUGGAUCUGUUGGUUCGGCCAUCGGCCUGUGUCUGAUCCUCAAUCCCGUUGCCAGCGAAGUGGUGUUGGUGGAUCCCAAUACUGCACUGCGCGACGCUCAGAUUAAAGAUCUAGGAGAUGCCACCACCUACCAUGGUGCUGUUGGAGGUGGCGGCGUCAGGAUUCGAGCUGGAACCCACAAAGAUGCUGGGCAGUGUGAUAUCGUUGUUGCCCCUCUGACCGUGGCUCCUGAUCUGACCGUUGCUCCCUCAGGCGAAUCACGUACUGACCUCCUCGGUCGCAACCUUGCCAUACUGAAGUCCGCAACAAAUGACAUGAAACCAUUUCGGGAGGACACCGUUCUCCUCAUUGUUGCAAACCCUUGCGAUGUCCUGACUUACUUUGCCCAGCAAUACUCAGGCCUCCCCAAAGGCCAGGUGCUUGGGAGCGGGACUUUUCUUGACAGCGCAAGGCUGAGAGGUAUCCUGUCGGAGAAAGUAGGGGUGGAUGCGAGCAGCAUAGACGCCUACGUACUGGGUGAGCACGGGGAAAGUCAAAUGGUUGCCUGGUCCUGCGUGACCAUUGGUGCCGUCCCCCUGGAUCAAUGUCUGCCCCCCAACGUCACUCUCGACCGCAAGGCCAUCGCCAUUGAAACCAAAGACAAGGCUGCCAAGAUCAUCGAAGCCAAAGGAGCCACUGCCUAUGGCAUUGCUGCCCUUAGUGCGAGCAUCUGCAAGUCCAUUCUGUUCGAUCAACGAAACGUCAGGCCAAUCUCCCACUGGGUAGAUGACCUGGGAUGCUGCUUGAGUUUGCCAGUUGUCCUGGGACGCCGGGGAAUCGUGAGAUCCCUCAACAUGCCCUUGAUCCAGGAGGAGAAGGACCUUUUGGCCAAAAGUGCAAGCACGCUGAAGGAGUAUAUUGCCGAGGCGAAAUAG